AUGCCUCCACUAGUCAAGCAAGCCUGCCUCUUUGUUCUGAUGGCCCUCUUGAGCAAUUUUAUUAUUACCUCUCAGAGUUCCCCAGGUUUCCCCAUCUACGGUCCCAGUCCUGUAUUGGGACUUCUACAAUUACCUGUGUAACUAUCCUACUCCACCCCUAUCACCUUGACUAUCUAAAAUAGACUACAUUCUAUUCAAAGCUUUCUGUCUUACAACUUCUUUUAUUUUCCUCAUAGCACUCACUGCAAAUAAGUGUUUGAAAUUCUCUUAUUUGACUUACUUUAUUGUCUGUCUCCCUCACUGGACUAUGAAUCACAGGAGGACAGGGACCUUGUCUGAAUCCUCAGUGCCUAGAACAGUGCUUCAUAUAGUGUAGGUGCUCAAUAAAUAUAUAUAUGAAAUUGUCUGAUUAUUGACUGACCCCCAUGAAGAAUGUCAGCACCGUGAAGGUCAAGACCUUAUCUGGGUUACCACUACAUCCUCACACCUAGUACAGUGCCUCAUGUAUCGUAGAUGCUCCACAAAGAAUUGAGUGAAUUAAUGUUCCACACACAUCUUAAGACACUUCAAACUACACUUAGUUUCUUCUUCCCCACCAAACCUUUUUCCUUCUGUGUAUCCUAGCUCAGUCAAUGGCACCAUCAUCCAGAAAUGACAACCAACCCAGAAAUGAACUCAAGCUCCUUUCACUCAUUCACCCACUGUUUUCAAUUAGUCUCCUAUCCCUGCCUAUUCAACUUCCAAAAUAUCCCAUUUAUUUGAUCAUUUUCUACCCCUACUGCAACUGUUCUGAUUCAGGCCUCAUCUUUUUUUCAUGACUAAUGCAACUGCCUCCUCCUCUCCGCCUCCCCCUUUAUUCCCCUUUUAUUAUGGAGUACUUCAUAAAUUUGCAUGUCAUCCUUGUACAGGGGCUAUGCUAAUAUUCUCUUUUCCAAGUUAAUCUAUGUGCUGCUGAAGUGAAUACCCUCCUACCGCCUUGUGAAGCUAAGAAAGCUUAAGCUGCAGGGCUUGUCCCUUGCCAUAUGGUCACAUGGUCAUGUUUCAUAAGGACUGCAAAAUAUAUUUAAACCACAACUGGUUAAAUUGCUGUCCCUUUCCACUGAGGGUUUUCUGCUCACAUUUUCCAUGUAUUAGGUGGUGGUGGAGCUGCCUCAGACAUUUUUGAGAUCCAGCUAAGUGGAAGUUGAUUUGGGGGAUGCAUUUUUGUUUGGGUUUCGUGGGGACAUUUGUAUAUAGUUUGAAUCAUUUCUAUUUAUAGUUAUUAGUCAGGUAUAGGAAUGACCUCUAGGAAUACUCUACCUUUGAACUUAAUCUUCUAUUUACAACUCUAUAUUCUUAAUGAAAUCCUACCACACAAACUGUGUAAGCUUUGAGUCCCACUAAACCUGGAUUGUCCUGUGGCUAAGCCACAAACGUGACUCAAAAGCCUGCAGUGAUUUCUUAUUGCUCACAGAACAAAAUCUAAUACUUAGCUUCUUUUUGUAACUGUUUUCCCAUGUGCAUCCGUGCAUUUGUACAUGAUAAUCCUUUUACACAUAAAACGUUAAUUUUGCGAACUUUUAUAUACCUUCCAUGUCUCUCUGAAAUCUUCCUUGACAGCAGCAAUCAGCUUCUGAGGCAUUUUCUUAGCCUCAUUUUGCACCUUGCUAGAGGUAUCUGCGUGCUCUAUUCCAAUUGUUUACUUGCAAGCUUGUCUCCUGCACUGGCUGGUAAUUUCCCACUGCAAAGCCUCUCUUUUUCAUCAUUGUAUCCCCAGGGCCUAAACCCCCAUCACUUAGGAACUCGGUGCGUGCACAAACACAUUUUCUUUUCUAAAGCGGUGGGACCCUUUAAGAAAAUGAAACAGUAAGAGGAUUCCUAGGGAAUAUUCUAGAAUGUCUGAGAAAACCAGCGCCACCUUGAAGCAUGUGUGUGGAGUUCAAGCUACUCAACCUCUUCUGCCACCCCACCCUCAGGCUGUAGUCAGAAAAUCGUGGGACAGGGUGAAGAGUAAACGACCCCGAGACCGUGUGAAAGGGCCUGUCCUGCUGAAGGCGCUCACAAAGAACAGAAGCUUCCUCUUCGUCCAGAGAGGACGCGUGCUGCUGCCUCCCGCUCCUUUUGACGCUAAGAACCUGGCCCGCCGCAGAACGCUCCAAGGCCCGGCGAAGAUGGCCUCGGUACCGGUGUAUUGCCUCUGUCGGCUGCCUUAUGAUGUGACCCGCUUCAUGAUUGAGUGUGACAUGUGCCAGGACUGGUUUCAUGGCAGUUGUGUUGGUGUCGAAGAGGAGAAGGCUGCUGACAUUGACCUCUACCACUGCCCCAACUGUGAGGUCUUACAUGGGCCCUCCAUCAUGAAAAAACGACGCGUAUCUUCAAAAGGCCAUGAUACACACAAGGGGAAGCCAGUAAAGACCGGAAGUCCUACAUUCAUUCGAGAGCUUCGGAGUAGGACCUUUGACAGCUCAGAUGAAGUGAUUCUGAAGCCCACUGGAAGUCAGCUGACCGUGGAAUUCCUGGAAGAGAAUAGCUUCAGUGUGCCCAUCCUGGUCUUGAAGAAGGAUGGAUUGGGGAUGACACUGCCCUCACCAUCAUUCACUGUGAGGGAUGUGGAACACUAUGUUGGUUCUGACAAAGAGAUUGAUGUGAUCGAUGUGACUCGCCAGGCUGACUGCAAGAUGAAGCUUGGUGAUUUUGUGAAAUAUUAUUAUAGUGGAAAGAGGGAGAAAGUCCUCAAUGUCAUUAGUUUGGAGUUCUCUGAUACCAGGCUUUCUAACCUUGUGGAAACACCCAAGAUUGUUCGAAAGCUCUCAUGGGUGGAGAACUUGUGGCCGGAGGAGUGUAUCUUUGAGAGGCCCAAUGUGCAGAAGUACUGCCUCAUGAGUGUGCGGGAUAGUUAUACAGACUUUCACAUUGACUUUGGUGGCACCUCAGUCUGGUACCAUGUGCUCAAGGGUGAGAAGAUCUUCUAUCUCAUCCGCCCUACAAAUGCCAACUUGACUCUCUUUGAGUGCUGGAGCAGCUCCUCUAACCAGAAUGAGAUGUUCUUUGGGGACCAGGUGGACAAAUGCUACAAGUGUUCUGUGAAGCAAGGACAGACACUUUUCAUUCCUACAGGAUGGAUCCAUGCUGUGCUGACCCCUGUGGACUGCCUUGCCUUUGGAGGGAACUUCUUACACAGCCUUAACAUUGAAAUGCAGCUCAAAGCCUAUGAGAUUGAGAAGCGGUUGAGCACAGCAGACCUCUUCAAGUUCCCUAACUUUGAGACCAUCUGUUGGUAUGUGGGAAAGCACAUCCUGGAUAUCUUUCGAGGUUUGCGAGAAAACAGGAGACACCCUGCCUCCUACCUGGUCCAUGGUGGCAAAGCCCUGAACUUGGCCUUUAGAGCCUGGACAAGGAAAGAAGCUCUGCCAGACCACGAGGAUGAGAUCCCAGAGACAGUGAGGACUGUACAGCUCAUUAAAGAUCUGGCUAGGGAGAUCCGCCUGGUGGAAGAUAUCUUCCAACAGAACGUUGGGAAGACGAGCAAUAUCUUUGGGCUGCAGAGGAUCUUCCCAGCUGGCUCCAUUCCCUUAACCAGGCCAGCCCAUUCCACUUCAGUAUCCAUGUCCGGGCUGUCACUGCCCUCCAAAAGUGGUUCAAAGAAGAAAGGCCUGAAGCCCAAGGAACUCUUCAAGAAGGCAGAGCGAAAGGGCAAGGAGAGCUCAGCCUUGGGGCCUGCUGGCCAAUUGAGCUAUAAUCUCAUGGACACAUACAGUCAUCAGGCACUGAAGACAGGCUCUUCCCAGAAAGCAAAGUUCAACAUCACCGGUACCUGCUUGAAUGACUCAGAUGAUGACUCGCCAGACGUGGACCUUGAUGGGAGUGAGAGCCCACUGGCCCUAUUGAUGUCUAAUGGCAGUACCAAGAGGGUAAAGAGCUUAUCCAAGUCUCGGCGAGCCAAGAUCUCGAAGAAGGCAGACAAGGCUAGGCUGGUGGCAGAACAGAUGAUGGAGGAUGAAUUUGACUUGGAUUCAGAUGAUGAACUACAGAUUGAUGAGAGACUGGGAAAGGAGAAGGCGACCCUGAUAAUAAGACCAAAAUUUCCUCGAAAGUUGCCCCGUGCGAAGCCUUGCUCUGACCCCAACCGAGUUCGUGAACCAGGGGAAGUUGAGUUUGACAUUGAGGAGGACUAUACAACAGAUGAGGAUGUGGUAGAAGGGGUUGAAGGCAAGCUUGGGAAUGGGAGUGGAGCCGGUGGAAUUCUUGAUCUGCUCAAGGCCAGCAGGCAGGUGGGGGGACCUGACUAUGCUGCCCUCACCGAGGCUCCUGCCUCUCCCAGCACUCAGGAGGCCAUCCAGGGCAUGCUGUGCAUGGCCAACCUGCAGUCCUCAUCGUCCUCACCAGCUACCUCCAGCCUGCAGGCCUGGUGGACCGGGGGGCAGGACCGAAGCAGUGGGAGCUCCAGCAGUGGGCUGGGCACAGUGUCUAGCAGUCCUGCUUCCCAGCGCACCCCAGGGAAGCGGCCCAUCAAGCGGCCAGCAUACUGGAGAACCGAGAGCGAGGAGGAGGAGGAGAACGCCAGUCUCGAUGAGCAGGACAGCUUGGGAGCAUGCUUCAAGGAUGCAGAGUAUAUUUACCCUUCUCUGGAGUCAGACGACGAUGAUCCUGCUUUGAAAUCUCGACCCAAGAAAAAGAAGAAUUCAGAUGAUGCUCCAUGGAGUCCUAAAGCCCGUGUGACCCCAACUCUGCCGAAGCAGGACCGUCCUGUGCGUGAGGGGACCCGGGUAGCUUCCAUUGAGACAGGGUUGGCUGCAGCAGCUGCAAAGUUGGCUCAGCAGGAGCUACAGAAAGCCCAAAAGAAGAAAUAUAUCAAGAAGAAGCCUUUGUUGAAGGAGGUAGAACAGCCUCGCCCUCAAGAGCCCAAUCUCAGUGUGGCAGCGCCAGCCCCAACUCUGGCCACUACACCACAGCUUCUCACCUCCUCCUCUCCCCUGCCUCCUCCUGAGCCUAAACAAGAGGCCCUCUCAGGAAGUCUUGCUGACCAUGAGUAUACUGCUCGUCCCAAUGCCUUUGGCAUGGCCCAGGCAAACCGCAGCACCACACCCAUGGCCCCUGGUGUCUUCUUGACCCAGCGACGCCCUUCAGUUGGCUCUCAGAGCAAUCAAGCAGGACAAGGAAAGCGCCCCAAAAAGGGCCUGGCUACAGCAAAGCAGAGACUCGGCCGUAUCCUGAAAAUCCACAGAAAUGGAAAACUGCUUCUGUGAGCUCCCUUGUGUCCUGCCCCUCACCCCUUCACCCCCAUUGCCUUCUCCGUUGUCAAUUCUCGGGGCACUCCUGGAUCCUACUGGCCCCGGACAAGGUGCUGAGGGGCAUUGUCCUGCUUUCUUGGAACUGACCAAAGGCAUGGACUCUCCCACGGGCCCCUUCACCGACCCCCUCAACUUCCUUCCCCACUUCCACUAGAGCAUCCUGCCUUUCUUUCCCAUAUCUCUGAGUGGCAGGUAAAUGGGAGAGGUUUCCAGCUGACUAGAACUCUUUUCUGCUGCUCUAGUCCAUUUCCCUUGUCUGCCCUUUACUCUUGCCCCCACCUAGAGCUGGAAGGCAGAAUGAGGAGAGGCAUUAGGAGAGCCUGGGCACCUCGGUAUUUCCCUGGUCAUGAAAUGGGAGGCCCAGUGCUCAACACUUUUCUAUGGCUUCAGCCCUGUCUCCAAAAACCUGCCUCUGCCCAUUCUCCUUCCUACCCUCAGCCCAGUAGAUGGGUCCCACUCCAGACUUGUUCCUGGAAGAAGGCUCUGGCCUCUGCUCCCUCUUGCCAAAUGCUUCAUGGAAAUAAAGAGGAGGGCCCAGAGUCUCCUUACUGCCCCACCAUGGGCCAUUUCCAGAGGUGGCCUAGAAAGACCACGGGCUGACUUUACUCAUCCUUGGGAAGAAGAGAUUUCUAUCACUUCUCAAGGUGGGGGGAGGACCAAUGCCCAUGCCUUUGACCAUGACUUUGUGGCUCAUUGGAGGAAGCUACUUUGGAGUGGCUACAGAUGAAGCCACCUGUCCCAGGGUGAGCUCUAGAGAUUUGCCUGGAUUUUGAGGUCCUGCAGAGCAUUAUUCACAUAGCAGUAGGCUCCAACCCAGGAGGCAAAACCCAUCUCCCAAAGGCCUGAAAGCACCUGCCACUGAAGCAGAUAGCCCUUGCUCUGCAGCCUGUUCCCUUCACCUGUACCACAGAGCACAGCCUGGACCUUCUGAAGAAGAUGUGGCAGGACAGCUCACCCCUGGGUUCUCCAUCAGGAGCCUCCCUGCUUCUCUCUUCACCUUGAGGUCUUUGUCUGAAGAAGACCUCGGAACUCACACCUUCACUCCUGGGCCUUUGCACUUCCAGAUGUCAAGUGGACACUCAAGCAGAGUGCAGACAGGCCACUCGGGAGUCUGAGCCUAGGAGCAGAGAUGCCCAUCUGUAAAGGAGCAGAUCAUCUGAUCCUCUCUCCCCCUUUUCCCUUUGUGAAUGUUUCAGUUGUCCAGACAGUGCCCAUCCCCUCCCUCAUCCUUCCCCAGCUCCCUCCACCUCCGCCUGUCUUGCCUCCCUGGUGACCUGGACUGGAUGGAGAAUGUCUCCCUCUCUCCAUUUUGGUACUACCCAAGUGGAGUGCAUCCUUGUUCUCUACCCCUCACUUUGACCUCACCCCAGUUUUCUCAGUGCUUCUGGGGAACUUAACAACUACCAUGCAGGCCACAGGGAAUAUGUGAGGCUUCCCUAGUCAUCUUUGUGUCUCCAGUUUGUCUUUUUUUUCUCCACAGCCCCACAUCUACUCUCCUUCCUUGGAAUCAGGGGUCCCUUAGCUCCAUUUGCUUUUUCUAUCUUGGGGACCCCAGGGGCCAAGCAGUCCUCCAUCUAGUCACACCAAAGGCAAAAAGCCUGGCUACCUCCCCCCCAGCACGUGAGGUUCUCCACUCUCCCCCCUUUUUCUGCCCAGCUUUGCUUUUCUUGGGUAUUUCAAGGCAGCAGAGGGAAGCAAGGGAGGGAAGGGGGGCAGCCUAUGUCUCUGUAGGCAACUGCCUGACUAGGCCCUGACUGCUGUAACCAAGACCAGGACCCCAGCCCUUCUGCCCAUUAACACCCCCUUCCCCUUGAUCUUUCAAAGGCAGCUAAUUGCUAGCAUAUCCCCCUGGUUCCAGGCCUCUUUCCCCUCUGUUUCUUAGAAGUUUCUGUGGAGCUGAAACCCAACCUCCAUUUGACUGGGUUUCUGUUUAGUUUAGUUGGGCUCUCAGAGCCUGCUGUUGUUUUGUGUUUUAAAUGAAAAGCAAGUUUACCCUCAGAUUUAUGCUUUUCCAAAGAGGCUAGUGUGCUUUUUUUUUUUUUUUUUAAUGUUUCAGGUUCUAAGUGAAGUGAGUUGGGGAGGGGUUGGGAAUGGUCAUAACCAAGGUUUAGAACAUGGUGAGAGAGUUACCUCUGGUCUCUAAUCCCUAGCACAGAGCUGGGGGUUGGGUAGGGGGCAGGGAGAGAGGAUUUCUAUUCACCUUUAAUAUAUUUUUACAAAAAAGCAAUUUAAAAACAAGCCCACCGCUUCUGUACAUGUCUAAAUAUAUUUUUAGAAGUGGGUAGGAUUGUGAAUUUCUGAUGCAGGGCCUUUUUAUAAACAGGUUAGAAUAGCAUCACCAUACAAACUUCUCUGUUGUUUUUUUCCCUCUGUUUUUUUCUUAUGUUGUGUUACUAAUGUAAUUUAUAUUUUUUUUUAGAUCCUCCCUUUCCUAUAGAGAUAAAAGUGAUUUAUCAUGGCAA